AUGGCUGUUCAAGGUUUAACAAAGAAACCUUCAGAUUUUGAGCUGGCUCAUAGGAGUGGGAGUCUUUUUAGUACCAAGAUCCAAGCUGCCCAACCACCACAAAAAUACAAAACCACAAAACUUUCUACAUACACUGGGAAAGAGGACCCAGUGGGUGAAAGGGCAGCUAAUAUUUUGAAGCAUCUCUUUCCUCCUCCAAAGCCAGAAACAAAACGCAUAAUUACUUUUGCCAAUCAGUCUGACUAUAUUUCAUUUAGGCAUCAUAUUUAUGAGAAGCAGUCCGGUCCAAAGUCCGUUGAGCUCAAGGAGAUUGGUCCUCGGUUUGAGUUGCGGCUUUUCCAGAUAAAGUUAGGAACAGUAGAUCAAAGUGAAGCACAGACUGAAUGGGUCAUCCGACCUUAUAUGAAUACAUCAAAGAAGAGGAAGUUUCUUGGGGAUUAACACAACUGCAUCACCCACUUUACUCUUGCUUUUCAUAAGUAGAUGAUUUUUGUUUUGUUCAAAUUCCUCCUAACUAAUAUUCUUCUAGAAAGAAAUGUAGUUUUUUACGUACUCGACAUGUUAUGUCUUUCUAUGCCAUUCUUUAGUGAAUGGUCAUUUCCCAAUUGGUGGUCAAUGUAAAAUUUUUGAUAGUAAGAUCUUAAUAUUGAGCCUGUUUUGCAUACCACAAA